CUCCCUAUCUAUCCUCGGCCAGUUUUUACGCAGCAACAAGACACAUAAACACAUGUUUUGUGGUCAACGAGUUGCCUCGGUUUAGGAUAAGAAUUGGCGAUCUUUGGGCAAGCCUGGGGUUUUUCUUUCUGCCAACACCAUGGAGACUUCAUUUGACAUCUUAAAGUUCAUUUGCGACGAUUUAGUCGGAUUAGAAAAAGAUUUUUUGUCUCCCAGCUCGAUAGAUUUUGUGCCCCAAGCCCAAGUCCCCAUCGAAAGUGCCAGUGCUUUGUCUAAUGGGAGACCAGAGACCCAAAUCUCGCCCUCAAUGCAAGUCAGCAGCUCCAGUGACGACCUGGAAGAAGAGAUCGCCAGGCGAAUGGAAUCUCGGGAGCCUCAAUGUCCGAUUUGCUAUGAUGUGGCCGGCAAACAUUUCUAUUAUGGGGUUCAAGCUUGCAUUAGCUGUCGGGGGUUCUUUCAAAGGUCGGUGCGUAAUCGGUUUCAUCUGAAAUUCAAGUGCGGCAAAGGGACUCAGAAUUGCAGUAUCACAGCCAGAUCCAGGAAGAACUGCAAAUGGUGUCGUUUUCAGAAGUGCUUGCGCUCAGGAAUGAAAACCUGUUACGUGAUGACUCACGAUCAAUCAGGAUUGCCAAAUAAGACCAAACCUCUUUUGCCUAUCAAAGCUAUGGUCAAGACCGCCAAUUUGAGCCAGACAUUCACGGAGCAUGAGGUGGACAAAGCGUUGAGCAUCUACAAAAACCUCUUAAGCUUCGGAUAUCGAAGUUACUAUCAAUUAUUUUCAAAGAAUGAACAGGAGUUCAUGACGUUCUUGAGAGCACUAAACGAAACGGGCGGCAGCCCAUCAAUGAUAUCCGAAGCUUUUACGGAAACCAACAAACAGGCCACCAUUAACUACUUCUUCAGCAUCGAUGACAUGGCCUCGCUCUCCCCAUUCGAUCGUAUGACCUUGAUCAGUCACAACUUUCCCGGCAUCUUUGGUCUUCUCUGGAGCGUGUACAGCUACACUCCGGAUCUGUGCAAGUUCUACGAGAACUUUCUCGAGCACGGCUAUGAGUUUCGCCAUCACGAACCCGAGAUUGACAAAAUCUUGCUCGUGUUCGAGGCCAAUCAGCUUUUGGGCGAGAAGCCCAAGAAUUUGUCCAUAGACGUCACGUUUCGGUCACAUUCGGCCACGCAAGACCUCAUUCAAAGACACGAUAGUCUGGUGCAUGAAGUUAAUUCUGGCCUUCGAGAAUCCACCCAAGGGAGUGCUGAUUACGUGAUUGUCCUGCUCCUGAGCCACAUUAUUAUGUUCGCCUCCGAAUUCGCCGUCUCACUUCAAGAUAAGCCGAAGAUCCAAGCCACCCAGGAAAAGUAUUUGGUUCUUCUGCAUCGAUAUCUAAGGACCCAUUAUCAAGGACGGGCCAGAGCCAAGCUAUCUGAAACCAUGAUGAUUUUCGAACCUUGCCGACAAGUAUUUGAAACAUUCCAUGAGCGGAUAUUCAAGGCAAGACCACCGGGCGGAAUAUUCUAGCGUCCUUCAUUCCAGAUCUCCAGAUUUAGUCAUCGCUGUUCAAGCUAAUUUUGCUUCUAAAAUGGCGUUUAUGGGGAGGAAGGAGAGCGACCCGAGACUCCUUGGAAACGGAAAGACUUCAAACAAGGUUGCGUUGUUGGCCAGAGCAAAAGUUGCGUUCAAACCAUACAGAAUAUGGCGACAAUUGUAGACUGAAAUGUGGAAUCUUGACAUGCUUUAUUGAAUAAUGGUCAACCAGAACAAGAUAAAAAUGAAAAUGGCAUGACAUUGCUUGUGCUUGCCGCCAUAAAUUACGCAUAUGUAUGACGGCAAAUGUUUUUUAUUCAAUUAUUGGCAUACUCUUGUUACUGUAGUGCGAAUGUAAAGUUAUCGGCGAACUCUGGGGAUUUUUCCAACAUUUCUUGUACUUGAAAUUUCGUAAGCAGUUUGUUUUCUUCUGGCCCGCCGAACUCUUUGAAUAUCUAGAGAAACCAAAAGCCUCUAAGACAAAGCGAUACUGAAAGACAUCACUUAUUCAAUGCUUAUUUAGGUACCUGAUCUGAGACAGCAUCAGUGAUAUUCAAGUUUGUGUUGCUAUCGUCUGGGACAAUUGUUUUUAUGACUUUCGAAAUAUCUCCCUUGCCAAUAAAUCCAUCGUUAUCGAAAUCUGAAA